CAGUAGGUGGCGCUAUGGGAAUUGUAGUUUGUUGAGGACGAGUGGCGGCGGAAGUGAAAUGUGACGGAAAGAAGUGAUAUGCUGCAAUUAAAGUUUAUAAAAUGGGAGCCAACGCCUCUCAAUUGGAGAAAGAAAUAGGACAUGACCAGUUUCCUUCAAAUGAACACUAUUUUGGAUUAGUUAAUUUUGGCAAUACUUGUUAUUGUAAUUCUGUAUUACAAGCUCUGUACUUCUGUAAGCCGUUUAGAGACAAAGUUCUGGAUUAUAAAGCAAAAAAUAAACGUACCAAAGAAACCUUGUUAACAUGUCUAGCUGAUCUCUUCUACAGCAUUGCUACACAGAAAAAGAAAACUGGAACAAUAGCUCCUAAGAAAUUUAUUACACGUCUUCGAAAAGAAAAUGAGCUUUUUGAUAAUUAUAUGCAGCAAGAUGCUCAUGAGUUCCUAAAUUAUUUGCUAAAUACUAUAGCUGAUAUUUUACAAGCAGAGAAACAGCAAGGCAAUCCAAAAGGGAAAAACUGUAAUCAGAAUGGUGAUCAGCAGCAAUCAUCUAAACCAGAACCAACUUGGGUUCAUGAUAUAUUUCAAGGUACUCUUACAAAUGAAACGAGAUGUCUCAACUGUGAAACAGUCAGCAGUAAAGAUGAAGAUUUCUUAGAUCUUUCAGUUGAUGUGGAUCAAAAUACAUCAAUCACUCACUGUCUAAGGGGUUUUAGUAAUACAGAAACUUUAUGUAGUGAACAUAAAUAUUAUUGUGAAAAUUGCUGCAGUAAACAAGAAGCACAGAAAAGGAUGAGGGUAAAAAAGUUACCAAUGAUUCUGGCACUCCAUUUAAAACGAUUCAAAUACAUGGAGCAACAGAACAGGCAUACUAAGUUAUCGUAUCGUGUAGUAUUUCCACUUGAACUUCGCUUGUUUAAUACUUCCGAUGAUGCAUACAAUCCAGACAGAUUGUAUGACCUAGUAGCAGUGGUUAUACAUUGCGGAAGCGGGCCAAAUAGGGGACAUUAUAUUUCCAUUGUAAAAAGCCAUGGUCUAUGGUUGUUGUUCGACGACGAUAUCGUAGAUAAAAUCGACGCUUCAGCAAUUGAAGACUUCUACGGUCUAACAACCGAUACUCAGAAGACUUCGGAAUCGGGUUAUAUAUUAUUCUACCAGUCAAGAGAAUAACAUAAUUUGAAAUUUAAAAAAUUCAGGGAUACACUAAAGUCUAUUGUAUGUAGUUUUCCUUAUACUAGAUGCAAUGGAUUAUGUUGUACGAUUGCCACCAAAUGAAAAUAAGGACUCUAUGUAUUAAUAUGUAUAUUUAUUGUCAAAUUGGUAUUGAUCUGCAAGCAGAAUGAAAUAGUUGGGAAGAUUAGAUCUUCAAAAGUGCGAUGCGAAGAAGAUAUUGUAGAUAUAAGGUGCUAAAAACACAAUGUAAAUUUUCUGUAGGUGUGGUAGGAAUAAUUGUUAACUCCAGUGAGAUUUCUAUUUUAUGGAAUAAAAUAUUGCACUACUUUUGUCUGAGUUACAUCUCAGAUAAAUUUUUUGGCUUUACGCCAUUUAAAUAUCAAUCAUAUCUGGACAAUACGAGUGAUGCAGUUUUAGAGAUAGUUCAUUUCUCUCUCCUUUAACGUAGAAUGAUGGCACAAAGACCAAAUCAGCAAUAAGGAUAAUAAAAUAAACGGGACGACGAUCGAUAAAAUAAGAGUGAUAAAGUCCAAAGCAGAAAUAAUUGUGCCACCUUUAAAAGCCAGUAUUUAUUUAUUAUUAACUUUUGCUUUAAUAUAUUAAACAUUUUUAAUUAUGUUUAAGAAUUGUACAUCGAUCGGUAAUUUUCUGUUUUAAUACCAAUUACCAUUUCUUCUCCCUGUAUUCUGUAAGAAAUUCAAUAUAGGAAUGUUGCCAUUUAUUUAAGGAGAUUAGAAUUUUGUAAUUUUGAAAUCUCAUUACUACUUUAUUAUUUUUUUAACAUGUUGUUUAUAUAUACAUAUAUAUGUAGUAAGAAUAAUGCAAUUAUUCUUUUUAACUCAGCUGGAUUUAAUAAGUAUUUUUAGUUAUAUUGCAUUUAUUUGUCUACUUGUUUGAUUAGUCUGAAAGACUUAUCCAUAAGAGGAAUUUUUGGAUUAAUUAAAUAAUUAUUUAUAUUCAGCUCACAAUGUUAAAUGUUUCGAAGUUAAUAAUCGUACAUUCCAAAUUUUGUCCGAUCGACGUGACGACAAUCAAAACGUUGAGCUGGUGUAAAAAUAUUGGUGGCUCAGUUAUCUUGACGCAUUGUAUAGUCUGCAAAACAUUUACGAUGUUUUAAAAUUCUCGGAAUUACGGCAAAUAAUUAUAAAUUGUGUAAAAGUACUUUCUCGGAAGGUGAACAAAAGGGGUCGAAAGUUAUCGCCUGUCAUCUAGUCUGUGAUAUUUUGUAAAUAGAAACUUUUGACUAGAUGCAGGAUUUAAGUCGAUCGUUGCCAUAAAUGUCGAUCGACUUCUUCAUCGAUGUAAUUGUAAAGAAAUAUGGGAUAUAAUAAUAAUUUGCUCGAAAUAAAGCACUGAAAAACUUAACAAAUCAUUGUUUUUGUGUUAAUAAAUAGAAAUGUAAAAAUAUUUAAAAAUAAAAUGAGCAAGAAUACGGAGUUAAAAAUAAGUUUUUUAUA